AUGAUGUUCGAGAGCAGCCAAUAUGAUUCGGGUCCAACAUUUACCGUCGGCGGUGGCGGCGGUGGCUUUGUUUCUUCUCAGUCGGCCGAUCCUUCCCGCGCCUCAGCAAAGAGUCGGGAUAACCAGGCUAUGUACCCGGUGACCGUGAAGCAGAUAAUCGAGGCCGCUCUGUCGUCCGACGACAAGUCAGGUUUUGUCAUCGAUGGCGUUGACGUGUACAAUGUGAAAUUGAUUGGAAUGGUAUUUGAAAAAUCAGAGAGGGUUACUGAUGUAUCCUUUGUGAUUGAUGAUGGAACUGGACGCAUUGGAUGCAAUAGAUGGGUAAAUGAUCCGCAGGAUACCAAGGAAGUUGAAGGCUUAAUGGAUGGGAUGUAUGUUCGUGUUCAUGGCCAUUUGAAGAGUUUUAAGGGGAAGAAGCAAGUUGUGGUUUAUGCUAUCAGGCCUGUGAAUGAUUAUAAUGAGAUAGCAAACCACUUUCUUGAGUGUGUGCAUGCUCACUGCCUCAAUGCUAAAUCACAGAAUAAUGGCGUUUCCCCUGCUUCAGCUUCUGUGGGUGUCAACCAACCUGUCUCGGCCAGUCAAAGCUCUCAAGAAUAUAACUUGGAUGGACUAGGGAACAUUGAUAAGAUGAUUUUGGACUAUCUCCAGUUGCCUUCCUCCCUCGCUCAGGAAAAAGGUGUGCACCGGAAUGAACUUGCACAAAAGCUCAAAAUUUCUGAUGGAAAAAUCCAGGAAGCAAUCGAGUCUCUGGAAUCGGAAGGUUUGGUUUAUUCGACAAUUGAUGAAAAUCACUACAAGUCCACAGCCUCUUAG